AUGAUUCGAAGAGCGCAGACUGCACGUAUAAUUAUUAUUUGCUCCUAUUCCGCAAUGGCAGUUGCAUGGUUUUUUAUCUCAGCAUUGCCUGUUUUUGGAAUAUCAAUCAGACUGACUCCCAACAUUACUGAUCCAGGAAGACCAAUGGUUGUACAAACCCAUUACAUUUAUGACAUAACAAAGAGCCCGCAAUACGAACUGACAUUUAUUAGUCAAAUCAUUUGCAUACCAAUUGCCAUGAUGGCCUACACUGGAAUAGAUAAUUUUCUUAGUCUAUUGGUUUUUCAUAUAUGCGGCCAAUUAGACAUUCUCGAGAAUCGUUUGGCACAUUUAGACAAAUAUAAAAAUUAUGACGAAGUGCUAAAAUGUUGCAUAGCAAAACAUAUCCGUUUGCUCAGGGCUAUUAAUGUUAUUGAAGAUUCAUUUAAUCUAAUAUUUCUCUCCUUAUUUAUAUAUUUUACGAUUCUCUUUGCAUUUUAUGGAUUUCAGAUAAUUAGUCUAUUUGAUGAAGAAAAUGAUAUGUCAUUCACUCACUUAAUGUUUUUUGUGACCGUCGUUUUCAAUAUAUUUGUAAAUAUGUGCCUAUAUUGCGUUCUGGGUGAAAUAUUAAUGACCCAGUGCAAUAAAAUAUAUUAUGCAGCAUAUAGCAACAAAUGGUACACUCUAAAUUCGAAAAUUGUAGAAAAUUUAUUCUUUUUAAUGACAAGAGGUUCUAAACCAAUCUAUCUCACUGUUGGGAAAGUGUCUCCUGUUACAAUGGCCACAUUUUGCAGC